AUGGUGGAAUGGAAACUUCGCUCGAAAUUCUCUAAGCAAGAGUUCGAUUUCUCGAGAAAAGUAUGCGUGAAAUGCGCGCUCGUUCGCUUCGAGUUGUUUGGAGACUGGGACAGUGCUCUCGACAAUCAUGCCGGUCGCUUCAUCGAUUGUGAAAAUGGAGCGCAAUGUAUUCAGGAAAGAUCAACUUGGCCCAAAACAUCCAUGUGCGUCUGUCCAUCGUGUUACUACGGCGCCCGAUGCCAAUUUUCAUCCGACGGAUUCGGUCUGACACUUGAUGGAAUUUUAGGUUAUCGCAUCCAACUUCAUGUCAGCAUCUACGGACAGUCUUUAAUUGUCAAUGUUAGUUUAGCAUUUACGAGUAUCAUUACCAUCGCGGGAAUGAUUAAUGGCAUUCUGAUGACAGUUACGUUUAAGAGCAAAAAAUUACGACAGAAUGGUUGUGAAAUGUAUUUGUUGUAA